CGGUCACGCAGCCCGAGUGGUUAUCCUCACGCCAGUACACGAGCUUUUGCUUAGGCUGUCAUUAAUACCAGCGAAUGCUGUUUAUUGUGCUGAGGUCAGCCGUCUAACUGGUCAGGCAAGCAAUUUCGCAAUGUAUCCGUGAUGUCACAUUAAUAUUUUCAUGCCAGUUCAUUAAUGCAAGCAGGUUUGUGACACACACACACACGCGCGCGCGCACACACACACACACACACACUUGUGUGGCAAUGAAUGACUCAAGACUGAACGCCCCAGAAUCGAUAUUUUGAGGACACCCGCGAUGCGGAUAUCAUCUGAAAGGCCGAGCAGAACAGCGCUGUUGCUACAUGUUUAUUGAUCACCGCUCGUGGGUUUGCAGGCUCUCUUUCUCGUCAUGCUUCAGUUAGGAGACGAGCUCACGCUGUUCUCGGUCGUCUUCGUCGUGGUUCUGCUGGGAACCAGGAGCGCCGUCUGGUCCACGGCGCUCACGGCCUCUCUCUACCUCUUUCUGGUGAUGUUCCGGUUCCCGCAGGCCCCCUCCAGCCGGGCCGGGCAGGUGCUUCGGCCCGCGUCGUCGAGCGGCGCGUCAGCGGUGGCGCACCGCGGCGGAGGACACGACGCCCCGGAGAACACCAUCGCUGCUAUACGGGCGGCGAGCGAGAAUGGAGCCACGGGGGUGGAGCUGGACCUGGAGUUCACCGCCGAUGGGGUUCCCAUCCUGAUGCACGACGAAACCGUGGACCGGACCACAAACGGGUCGGGACCGUUGAGCAAGCUGCUCUUCUCCGAAAUGCGCAAACUGGACGCAUCGGCCAAACACAGAUUCAGUGAUCGUUUCCGAGGCGAGAAGGUCCCUACGCUGCAGGAGGCUGUAGAGGAAUGCAUCAAGCGCCAGUUGACCAUCUACUUUGACGUCAAAGGUCAUCCAGAUGAGGCAGCCGCGGCACUGAAAGAACUGUUCCGGAAGCAUCCAGUGCUCUACAACACAAGCAUCGUCUGCUCGUUUGAGCCCAAAGUCAUCUACAGGAUGCGUCAGGCGGAUCCUAAUGUGCUGACCGCACUGACCCAUCGGCCGUGGAGUCUGAGUCGGUUCGGAGAUGGGACGCCACGGUUCUCAUCGGCGUGGAAACACCACUGGAUGCAGGUGUUGGAUGUGCUCCUGGACUGGGCCCAUCACCAUCUGCUGUGGAACCUGUGUGGAGUCUCCGCCUUCCUGGUGCAGAAGAACUUCAUCUCGCCGGACUAUGUGCAGUACUGGGCCGCCCGAGGUGUAGAGGUGGUGGGCUGGACGGUGAACACGGCCGCGGAGAAGCAGUACUACCAGCAGUUUCUGAAGAUCAACUACAUCACCGACAGUCUCGUAGAGGACUGUGACCCUCACUACUGAAACACCGCAUUGUACAGUCACUAGUUUAGGCCUUGUAUAAGUCCAGCUUCUAAACCGUUCCACUCAGACUCAAAACACUGAAGUAUGUAUCCGUAAUGAAUCGCUCUGACUUAGACAGCAUGCUGUAGAGACUUGAAAUAUACAGGGUAACAGAGUGCUCCCGUUGUGUGAAAUUUAUAAUAAUAAUAAUAAUACGGGAGAUGUAAAUACCAGUGUUCAAAUGUACUGUACACACCCACUCAGGUGAGCCAAUACGACAAUAUAGAUAUUACGUCAUGAUUUUAUUUCCAUUUCAGUGGCGUUAUUCAUAGGAGGACGUUUUUUAGAGGAACAUAACGAGAAUUUAUUUGGUGAACCUGCUUUUUUUUUUACUGCUACUCGUGUAGAAACAGCACUGGGAAAAAUGGCUUAGCUGCAAACUAUUUAGGCUAAUGUACGGCUUUUCUCUCAUUUAGGUUGUUUAUUCCAUUUGGAUUCAUAUCAUGUUUAAAAGUGUGAUAUUGACGGCUGAUGAACAGGUUAAAUGUAAAACAACAUUUUGUAGUCAUACCUACUUUAAGAGGAGGCAAAUGUAUUUAUAUAUAGCAAUAGGUCUUGAUCUGAGGUAAGGUCUCAGGCAGCUAUCAAAACACCAACCUUAUGUUGAAUACAUAAAUACUAAUUCAGGAUUACUUCAAAAAGCGGCAUGUUUCUGUUUUCACUCGUGGUGAUACUUAAAACGAUUAAAUUCUUAAUUAACA